AUGAAAAUUUUUUCUAAAGAAGAAGAAGAAGAACAUUACCGUAUAGUAAUAAAUUCUGGUAUUAAGUCUGGUAUAAUAGCAUUAGCUAUUUCAAUCCCCUGUGCUUUUAUUUUAAAUCAAAAAUGGAGCAAAUUCAGACAAUUAACACUUCCAAUAAAAUCUUUUUUUAUUUCUAGUAUAGCAACAACUGCACUUGUAAUAUCUUCAGAUAAUGCAUCAAAAAAGUACCAGGAAAGUAAAUAUGGUCCCUUCAAUCCUGUUAAAUCUAUCGAAAAUUCCAACAUACAAAGUAUCCUCUUUAAAUGGUGUUUAGAAAACAAAUGGAAAAUUAUAGGGGGGUCUUGGGUAUUGGGAAUGAUUGGAUCUAUGUCAUUUCUUUGGAAAGAUAAAUAUCUUACUAAAACUCAAAAAUUGGUUCAAGCUAGAAUGUAUGCCCAGGCAAUUACUCUCAUAGUACUUUUAAUAUCUGUUGGAUUAUCAAUAGAUCGUGAUCAGCUUUUUGAUUCUAAUAAAGAUUUUAAGAAUACUAACAAUAAUAAUAAGAAAUCUAAUCAAAUGUACAUUGAUAGUAAAAAAUAA